AUGCUUAUAUAUCUUGUAUUAUCGUUAAAUAUAUUAGUAUGUCUAUGCAUAUUAAAUACAAAAUAUCAAAUACAAUUAGAUUAUAGUGUACCUAGUGAAUUACUUAAUAUACCUAGGAAUAAAAAAUACACAAAUAUAACAAUUGGUAAUGACUCUUUUAUAUGCCUAUUAACUAAAACAAACAAUGAUGAUAAUGAAAAUAUAUGUAACUUAAAUGAAUUUUUGUUUAGUAAUUUAAAAUUUAAUGAUUUCAAUAAUUAUGUACAAAAAAAACUAAAAAAAAAUUACCUCUUAGAAUAUGCAAAUAAUAGAUUAAAUUAUGAAAUUUAUUCAAAGUUUGAAAAUGAAAUAUCGAUAGCUUCAACGCAGGAUAUUACAACUAGUCUCUCUAAUAAUGGAAAUGAUAUUGAAGAUAUGGAAAACAAAAGUAUUUCAUUUGGUAGUCAGGAUAAUAUUAUUAAUACGAAUAAUGAAUCUAGUGAAUACAAAGGUGGUGAUAAAAAUUUGACAAAAAAAAACCCCAAAAAUGAAGAUAAUGAUGCGUCUACUUUUCAUUAUAAAAAAAGGUAUCAAAAUAAAGAGGUAGAUAUAAGUAACAAACUAAAAUGCAGAUUUGAAAAAUUAUAUGAUUAUAUUUUUUAUAAACAUAAAAUAAAUGUAUACCACAAAAAUAGAAUAUAUAAAAAUAUAAAUGAUAAUACGGGAGUCAAAAACCAUAUAAUAAAAGGAAAGAUGUUAUCUAUAGAUAACUCGUGUAUUGAAAUAUUUUCAUAUAAUGAAAAUAUAUUAAAACUAUGUAUAAAUAAAUAUAUAUUUUUCAUAGCAAAUAAUAAUUUAAAUAAAUUUAAACAGCAUACAUCUACAUCACUCUAUUUAAUUAAUAGUGAUUUACUAUUUAGUAAUAAUACAGUUGUACAAUAUUAUACAGAUGGGGAAUAUAUGUUUGAGGUAUUAUAUAUAUGUGGGAAUAACAAUUUAAAAGUUAAUAGUUUUUAUAAAUUAGAUAAAAAUUAUUACCCGUUAAUAUUUAGAAUAUAUGAACAUACUAACACAAAUUUGUCAAAACUAUAUAACAUAAUUUUAAAAAAAAUGGAUAAUGAAAUUUAUUUUUUUAAAACAUUUAGCUAUUAUACUUAUAGUAGUAUGUAUUAUAAAACAUUAAAAGACAAAUUAAAUAAAAUUAUAAAUUCAUUAUAUCCAAAUAUAAAACAUAUAUAUCGUAUAACUUUGAGUGCAUAUAUGUUUUGUAAUUAUACAGAUAAAAUAAAUCCCCCUAAUCAUUUCUUAUUAAGAAACAUAAUAAAUAAAUGCUACACUUUUGUAAAAAAUGACGACUAUAUAUAUGAAGUAUGUUUACCUAAUAGUGUUAUUAAAUAUAAAAAAACAGAAUAUGGAAAUAUAGAAUAUCCUAUAAUUCCUUUAGGUCUCUCUUCUGUUUCAACAAAUGAAGGUAUUCCAUUUUAUGAAAAAGCAUAUGAUAUUUUCCCAGUAUUAAAAAAAAAUUACAAUUCAAACAAAGAAAAUUAUUAUUAUAUAAAAAUGGAAGAAAUUAAUAAAAUUUAUAGAAAUCAUAUCACAUCAAAAAUGCAAACAAAUUCUCAAAGUUUUGCUCACAAAAAUUAUCAGAAUAAAAAAAAUUCUACAAAUUUUGAAAAUAUAACACAUACUUCAUCAAAAACAUUAAAAGAUCCAUUUUUGUCUACCCCAUUAAACAAUAAAGCAGAUAGUUUAAUAUCACAUAGUUCAUUUUACGACUUUUUUUUUUAUAAAUUAUUUUCAAAUAAUUAUUAUUCAGAAUUAAAUAAAACACAUUAUAUUAGUACAUAUAUGAUAGAUAAACCAUAUGAAACACUAAAAAUAGAUUCUGAAUACUUUUAUAAGGUAUUAUCUAUAGAUUUAAAAGGAGGAAAAUGCAAAACUUCACUAAAUGAGAUAUAUGAUUAUAUAACCACCAUUUAUUUUGUCUGCUCAUUGCACUAUAAUAAUGAAUUACAUACAAAAGUUGUUGAAAUUUAUACAACAUCAGAAUGCCAUUAUUAUGUACAUAUAGCAUCUCCCUAUUUUUGUGCCCACCCAACAUUACAUACUGCAAUAAAAGCCAAAAAACAUGUUAUAAAAUGCUUCAAAAAUUUAAAUGCAGCAAGUUCAAAACCCCAAGAUAAUAACAUUCUAUAUAAUCAUAAAAGACAUUACAAAAAUACAGAAAAUCAACAUCAAGAUAUAAAUUCUGAAAAAACAAUUUCAAAUAAUUUAAAAAAAAAUAGUGAUGGUCAUGAAGAAUUAUUAAGCAAUUAUAAUUAUAUUAAUAAUGACACUAAUAUAUAUUAUUAUGACGUUUAUAAUAAUAAUAAUAAUAAUAAUAAUAAUAAUAAUAAUAAUAAUUAUAAUAAUAAUAAUAAUAAUAAUAAUAAUAAUAAUAAUAAUAAUAAUAAUAAUAAUAAUAAUAAUAAUAAUAAUAAUAAUAAUAAUAAUAAUAAUAAUAAUAAUAAUAAUAAUUUUGUCUUUUUAGAAGGUCUACCUAAAGAUAGAAAAAUUGAAUUUGGAAAAAGUUAUGAUUUUGCUUUAGGAAACUAUAUAAGAAAUCGAGUUUAUAAAAAUAGCCCAAUUUUUCAUAUUGGAAAUAUAGUUAAACAUAAAUACUGGAAUUAUCAUGCAGUAGUUAUUAGUUGGGAUUAUAUUUGCUUUGCUCCUAAUAAUUGGAAAAAAAAACUGUUUUCCGAAUAUCCGAUUGAAUAUCAAAAUUCUGUGCACUAUCUUAUUUUAGUUAGCACUAAUAAUGAAGAAACGGAGCAUAUUAACAAUAAUAUUGGUCAUAAUAUUUUAGAAACAAAUAAUUUAUUAAAUGAAAAAAAAAACAAUUUUCAUGAUCACAAUUAUAAUAUUCAAUUGGGUAAAAAGGAAAAUGAGGUUUUAAAGUCAUAUCCACAAAAUGAUCAAAAAUUAUAUUUUGCAUAUGUACCUGAAUCAAGUUUGGUAUAUAGCAAUCAAAUGGUUUAUAGUAAAUAUUUGCAUCAUUUUUUUGAAAAAUAUAACGAUUUCUUUCAUUUCUACAUUCCAAAAAAAAAUCACAUUAUAUGGAAGCUUUUCCCUUAUGACUUUUUCAGUUUUAUAUAA